GGAAGAGUUUGCCGCGCGAGCAGCCGGCCUCUCGCAGGAGCCGAGGGACCCGCGCGGCUGCGGCCCAGGAGCGGCGGCCGCGGAGCCAGGAGACCCGCAGCCGCGGCGGCGGCGGCGGCAGCAGCUAGAGCAGCGCCUCCCGCCGCCGCCCGGGAGGAGCUCGCCGCGCCCGCUCGCCGCCUCGUCUCCCAGCGGCGGCGGGAGGCGCGUCUCCCCGGCCCAGUCCGCGCCCGGCCCCGCGGGGCCGCUCCGGCCCGCUCCGAGGAAAAACUGCAUAGAAAAUCUCAUGGAUGAAGAUGAGAAAGACAGAGCCAAGAGAGCUUCUCGAAACAAGUCUGAGAAGAAGCGUCGGGACCAGUUCAAUGUUCUCAUCAAAGAGCUCAGUUCCAUGCUGCCUGGUAACACACGGAAAAUGGACAAAACCACCGUGUUGGAAAAGGUCAUCGGAUUUUUGCAGAAACACAAUGAAGUCUCAGCGCAAACGGAAAUCUGUGACAUUCAGCAAGACUGGAAGCCUUCAUUCCUCAGUAAUGAAGAAUUCACCCAGCUGAUGUUGGAGGCAUUAGAUGGCUUCAUUAUCGCGGUGACAACAGACGGCAGCAUCAUCUAUGUCUCUGACAGUAUCACGCCUCUCCUUGGGCAUUUACCGUCGGAUGUCAUGGAUCAGAAUUUGUUAAAUUUCCUCCCAGAACAAGAACAUUCAGAAGUUUAUAAAAUCCUUUCUUCCCAUAUGCUUGUGACGGAUUCCCCCUCCCCAGAAUACUUAAAAUCUGACAGCGAUUUAGAGUUUUAUUGCCACCUUCUCAGAGGCAGCUUGAACCCAAAGGAAUUUCCAACUUAUGAAUACAUAAAAUUUGUAGGAAAUUUUCGCUCUUACAACAAUGUGCCUAGCCCCUCCUGUAACGGUUUUGACAACACCCUUUCAAGACCUUGCCGGGUGCCACUAGGAAAGGAGGUUUGCUUCAUUGCCACCGUUCGUCUGGCAACACCACAAUUCUUAAAGGAAAUGUGCAUAGUUGACGAACCUUUAGAGGAAUUCACUUCAAGGCAUAGCUUGGAAUGGAAAUUUUUAUUUCUGGAUCACAGAGCCCCUCCAAUCAUAGGAUACCUGCCUUUUGAAGUGCUGGGAACCUCAGGCUAUGACUACUACCACAUCGAUGACCUGGAGCUCCUGGCCAGGUGCCACCAGCACCUGAUGCAGUUUGGCAAAGGGAAGUCGUGUUGCUACCGGUUUCUGACCAAAGGUCAGCAGUGGAUUUGGCUGCAGACUCACUAUUACAUCACCUACCACCAGUGGAACUCCAAGCCCGAGUUCAUCGUGUGCACACACUCGGUGGUCAGUUAUGCAGAUGUCCGGGUGGAAAGGAGGCAGGAGCUGGCUCUGGAAGACCCGCCAUCCGAGGCCCUCCACUCCUCAGCACUAAAGGACAAGGGCUCAAGCCUGGAACCUCGGCAGCACUUUAAUGCACUCGACGUGGGUGCCUCGGGCCUUAAUACCAGUCAUUCGCCAUCAGCUUCCUCAAGAAGUUCCCACAAAUCCUCACACACAGCCAUGUCAGAACCCACCUCCACUCCCACCAAGCUGAUGGCAGAGGCCAGCACCCCGGCUUUGCCAAGAUCAGCCACCCUGCCCCAAGAGUUACCUGUCACUGGGCUCAGCCAGGCAGCCACCAUGCCGGCCCCUCUGCCUUCCCCAUCGUCCUGCGACCUCACACAGCAGCUCCUGCCUCAGACCAUUCUCCAGAGCACACCCGCUCCCAUGGCACAGUUUUCGGCACAGUUCAGCAUGUUCCAGACCAUCAAAGACCAGCUAGAGCAGCGGACGCGGAUCCUGCAGGCCAAUAUCCGGUGGCAACAGGAAGAGCUCCACAAGAUCCAGGAGCAGCUCUGCCUGGUCCAGGACUCCAACGUCCAGAUGUUCCUGCAGCAGCCAGCUGUAUCCCUGAGCUUCAGCAGCACCCAGCGACCCGAGGCUCAGCAGCAGCUACAGCAAAGGUCAGCUGCAGUGACUCAGCCCCAGCUCGGAACAGGCCCCCAACUUCCAGGGCAGAUCUCCUCUGCCCAGGUCACAAGCCAGCACCUGCUCAGAGAAUCAAGUGUGAUAUCAACCCAGGGUCCAAAGCCAAUGAGAAGCUCACAGCUAAUGCAGAGCAGCGGCCGCUCUGGGAGCAGCCUAGUGUCCCCGUUCAGCGGUGCCACAGCUGUGCUCCCGCCAAGUCUGAAUCUGACCACACCUGCUUCCACCUCCCAGGAUGCCAGCCAGUGCCAGCCCAGCCCAGACUUCAGCCAUGAUCGGCAGCUCAGGCUGUUACUGAGCCAGCCCAUCCAGCCCAUGAUGCCCGGGUCCUGUGACGCAAGGCAGCCCUCGGAGGUCAGCAGGACGGGACGGCAAGUCAAGUACGCACAGAGCCAGACCGUGUUUCCAAAUCCAGAUGCACACCCCGUCAACAGCAGCAGUGCCCCGAUGCCCGUCCUGCUGAUGGGGCAGGCAGUGCUCCACCCCAGCUUCCCCGCCUCCCAACCGUCACCCCUGCAGCCCGCACAGGCUCGGCAGCAGCCACCACAGCACUACCUGCAGGUACAGGCACCAACCUCUUUGCACAGUGAGCAGCAGGACUCACUACUUCUCUCCACCUACUCACAACAGCCAGGGACCCUGGGCUACCCCCAACCACCCCCAGCACAGCCCCAGCCCCUACGUCCUCCCCGAAGGGUCAGCAGUCUGUCUGAGUCAUCAGGCCUCCAGCAGCCGCCCCGAUAGUGCCCCGGCACUGAAGUCGGGACACAAUCAGCUUUAACCAAUGGAUGAGAGGGGGUGGCCACAGGAGAUGGGGAGAGGAGUCUGAACUAAACCCCUGGCUUUUGUGCACACUGCAUACGUUUCAGAACUCCUGGAUGGUAACCAUCUGUGGAGUGCAGUGCUUGCUGCAGUGGAAAUGAUCAGGAAUACUGACCGUGUUUCUCUUGCCUCCGAGGUUCUUGGGCACACUCUAUAGCCAUACUGGACGGGAACCAGGUGCCCCGUGUAGGCAUCGUUGGUCGGUUUACCUUCAGCGAUGGCGCAUCUCGCUGCAUCCCCCAAGAGUGCACUGGUUGCUCUAGCCACCUGCGGCCCGCCCAUCUGCGCUAGCUGGCCUUCACUCUUGAUCGUCUUUCCUUUGUAUUGGAGAAGGACUGGGUCAGAGAUCUGUUGGAGAGAGAGAAUAAAGAGAUUAUUUUUCAUUAUUUUUAAAUGGUUGUUUUUGUUUUAAUUUGCACAGCUGCACAGAGGAAAUAACUUAGGCACUUUCUGUUUUUUAAAAAAAAUAAUAAGGUCUCAUGGCUUCAUUCAGAGACCACUGUAACAACAACAGCCCACCAAUCAGAGAAGCUGGUUGUUAUUAACCAAGCUACAAAUUCACACUUUCUGGCCUAAACCCUAAUGGGAUGAGGCUUUUCACCCCAUGCCAUGCUGGUGGUGAUUUUUUAGCCCCUAAAUAAAACACUGGACUAUUUCCUGUUUACUUCAUUGAUUGCAACUGCAAAGGUGGACUCAAAGCAAAGCACAAUCAUGCCAGCCAACAUUCCAGAAUUCUGCUGAGAACUCCAAGCCUGUGAGGGGAGAGGUUUCGCAAGCCAGACAGGCCUGGGGGACUGCGGUCCCCAAGGAGACCCCGCCAUGUGCUGGCCCUUUGAGUGAGAAUGCUGCAUCUUUCUACAUAUCUUCAUGAGAAUACUGAGAAUUGGAUUUUCCUUUUCAAAAUGCACUUUGCUUUUUUUGUAUGUUUUGUUGAGAUGUUUCUAAAGAAAAGAUUUUAUGUAAUUAUAAGAUGAAGCGUAGUGAAUUGUACAGUCGUUGUAAUAAUGACCUAUUUCUAUAUAAAAUAAAAUUGUAUGGCUUAUGUGUAAAUUAUUUUGUAUCUGAGAUACCAGUUCCUUUCCCAAAUAUAAAAGUAUAAAAGUUUUCUUGUGUUUUUCUGUGAGUGAAAAUUUUGUAAUAAAUUAACAAAUUUGUACAAUU